GGAGCCCGGGAGCGGCGGCGACGGCCGCAGGCGGCGGCGGCCGAGCCAUGAGUUGGACCUGUCCGCGGUGCCAGCAGCCGGUCUUCUUCGCGGAGAAGGUGAGCUCCCUGGGCCAGAACUGGCAUCCUUUCUGCCUGAAAUGUGAGCGCUGCCACAACGUCCUGUGCCCAGGAGGGCACGCAGAGCACAAGGGAAGGCCAUACUGUCACAGGCCGUGCUAUGGGGCGCUCUUUGGACCCAGGGGGGUGAACCUCAGUGUCCUGGGUUCCCACCUCUACAGUCCCCCGACGCCGCCCCCGGCCCGGCGCGCUCCCCUCAGCCCUAGCAGCUUCAGCCCACCCAGGCCCAGGACUGGCCCCCCACGGACCAAGAAAAGCCCCCCCCACAGAAAGACGUUCACCGGGGAGCCCUCGCCGUGCCCCAGCUGUGAGGAGCCUGUGUAUUUUGCUGAGAGUGUGAUGUCUCUGGGCAGAAACUGGCACCGGCCCUGUCUGAGGUGCCAGCGCUGCCGGAAGACGCUGACGGCCGGGAGACACGCCGAGCAUGACGGCGUCCCCUACUGCCACAUUCCCUGCUACGGCUACCUGUUUGGGCCCAAAGGUGUGAAUAUUGGUGACGUGGGCUGCUACAUCUAUGACCCGGUGGAGAUAAAAUCCAAAUGAGGUGCUCACAG